AUGGCCACCGAACCUUUGACAAAUGCUAUGGAGUCGGCCCCAGUGUCGCCUACCAGCGAAGAUGAGGGCUCUAGACGCCAAAAAGGCACGAAAAACCGACACUUUUCUGUCUAUGCGGCACGAGCUAAGGCUGAUGUUCCUCCGUUCACCAUGUUCUCACCCGUGGAUCAUGGCGACGACGACGCUCCGCUUCCUCCCAUGCCACCACUUCCCAUAGCCCCUCGAUGGGAUUCUCUAUCUAAUGGACCACACCUCCUAUCGCACACCCUCUCGACAGGCAUGACACCUCCUACACAACCUGCCGAUCAGAUGCCUCCUCUUCCUAUUUCCACCCCUGGUAGCAUCGCCAACUCUAUCCAUAGAAUUUCGAAUCCCUCGUCGACAGGCGAGGCCUUUCCUGAAAUGACGCGGGUACUUACUUCCAAAGACUCACAGUCAGAUAUCCGCUCAGAAGCCGGUAGCGUUGGAAACUUUUCACGACCGCGGAAGCCGAGCAAUAAGCAACAGCUCACGGAAGCAAGCAACGUAUAUACGGCGGCCAUGACGCCACCAGAUCUCUCACAAAGCGUCGUGGACAUAUUACCACAGCCAGCGCCAUGGCAGCGCUCCCGCGGGCCGUCCAUUUCGUCUUUCAGGUCCGCAACGUCAGCGUCUACGCUAGCCUCGCCAAAUCCAUUGUCUCCGGACCACGACAACAAGCUUCGACAAUGGACUAGCCCCCAUGCUCUACCCGGCCGCCCGGCUUUCACACCCAGCAGCCGUGUGGACAGUGCUCAAUCUGCUCCUGGUGGUGCCGUCGGUGGUAGUGCACCGUGGAUGAGUGGAGACGAGCUACGAUCAAGUUUCAGAUCACAAUUAACAACGUCUACGACUCCUGAGACCACCGAGAGAAGCAGCGUCAUGACCAAAGAUUCCUCGGUCAGCUCCGUCUACGCAACAGCAGAGGCCGAGACCGAAGAACCCAGCCUCGAAGACGUUAUGGGCAUGUACGAAAAGGGUUUUGAGGACGACUCGGACGACAACGACUCCGACAGCGAAGAAAAUGUUUCCUCGCGACCCGCCACGGCGUUUUCUGAAACGGGUCCGUUCCGCAGAACAAUAGAUGUCACUGGUGACAUGGGCUCCAUUCCAACCAUUCCAGAGGUGACACCAAAACAGCUCGACGCCGAGAUUCGACAAUCUAAGCUCAUUUUUUCAAACCCUGACUUUAUUGCUACCCUCCCUGCUAUUGCUGACGGGGCGGACGACUUGCUGCCAAGCGUGCAAGAAGUUGAUGACUCUAGCGGCUUCACCAACCGGGACUCUGCGAGGUCAACAGCAUCCGACCCUUCGCCUCGCGGUAACACGAAUUUGCCGUUUGACGCGUCCAUCACCAUGCCUGCUGCCAUUUUGCCCUCCUCUCCUCUCGCCUCUUCUCCCGUCACCAUUGAGCCACCAGCACCUGCUCCCGCUGCACAGCCGACGCGUCCUCAGUUCGAAGAUCCCGGCUCUCGAGACCGAUAUGGUUUUAAGAAGGAGAGCCAGUUUAUCACACGACCGCAAUAUGACGAAUGGAACAAGGGAUAUUCUCAGUAUCUGUCACGCCGCCGCAAGAAGUGGGUGGCAUAUCUCAAAGACAGCGCCCUGCUGACCGACCGGCCAACCCGCUUCCCGCCUCCCAGCGCUAAAACGAAGCGGUUUGUUCGCAAGGGUAUUCCUCCAGAUUGGCGUGGUGCCGCGUGGUUCUACUAUGCGGGCGGACCUGCUAUCCUGGGCAAGAAUUCAGGACUCUACGUGAAGCUUCUGCAAAAAACUGCCAAACCAAUCGACGUAGAGGCUAUUGAGAGAGAUUUGCAUAGAACCUUUCCCGAUAACAUCCAGUUUAAAUCGGGACAUUCCCCAUCACCUUCGUCCUCGAGCAGCGAACGCCAUAGCCAAUCGACAUUAACGGGGACCAACAGCGAUGCAAGCGAGUAUGGACCAAAGGGUCAACCGGGCGAGCCUCCCAUCAUCACGUCGCUGCGACGCGUUCUCCACGCAUUUUCAGUAUAUAAUCCCAAGAUUGGUUAUUGUCAGAGCUUAAACUUCUUGGCUGGCCUACUACUGCUGUUUGUUGAGACGGAAGAACACUGUUUUUGGCUGCUCAACGUCAUCACACACAUUUACCUGCCCGGCACGCACGAGAUGAGCCUAGAAGGCUCCAAGGUAGACUUGGGCGUGCUCAUGACUGAAAUCCGCGACACGAUGCCGGACGUCUGGGAGAAGAUUGGCGGAGAGUUGGAGGGCGAAUUGGCCCGCCCAGCGCAGUCCAAGUCUAUUCGAAUUCCGUUGGCCAGACCUCGCCACCGCUCGAACCAGAGCGUGUCAACAGAGAGGCUGCCACCAAUUACGCUGUGCAUGACGGCGUGGUUCAUGAGUUGCUACAUUGGCACGCUUCCGAUAGAAACGACCCUUCGCGUGUGGGACGUGUUUUUUUAUGAAGGAUCCAAGACCCUCUUCCGCAUUGCCAUGGCCAUCUUCAAGCAAGGCGAAGGGGAGAUACGGGCUGUCUCUGACCCUAUGGAGAUGUUUGGCGUGGUCCAGUCAAUGCCACGCAAGAUGCUGGAUGCCAAUGGGCUAAUGGAGCUGUGCUUCAAGCGCCGCAACGGUUUCAACCACUUGAACCAAGAUGUGAUUGACGAUCGACGACGGGAGCGUCGAGACAAGGCGCGACGCGAGCAAGACACUGCCCAGCGGGCUAAUACAGGCAGUGGCUCGACAACAGACGUGGAACGCGACGUUUCCAAUGUGCCUCGCAGAAGAGCAACGCUCUUUGGACGCCAGAAGAAGCGCGAUGUGUCACGCCCAUCCGAGGUAGAGGCUUAG